AUCACCUGUUCCUGAAUCCGGGCGUUGGUUCACUUGUUUCUUCUGCAAUGGGGCCCCCUAAAAAUGACGGCAAAAUGGAAGGUUGGUUGUAUCUCAUCCGGUCCAAUCGGUUCGGGUUGCAGUACUCGAAGAAGAGAUUCUUCGUUCUCCAGGAUGACUGCCUCAAGAGCUUCAAAUCUGUCCCUGUUUCUGAGGAUGAGGAACCAAAUCGAAGUGCAGUGAUUGACUCCUAUAUUCGUGUUACAGAUAAUGGGAGGGAGAGUAUUAAUAGAAAGGUAUUCUUCAUCUUCACACUUUAUAAUACCGUCAAUCAAAAUGAUCAACUCAAGUUGGGAGCCAGCAGCCCAGAAGAUGCAGCAAGAUGGAUCCGCUCACUUCUUGAUACUACAUUGAAGGACUGUCCGGAUCCAGCAAGGAAUUUUUGGGAUCGCUCCAAGAGACAGUAUCCAGCUCUGAGAUUUCGAGGGUCAAAAAGAAUGGAUUGUAAGUCAAGAAGCCGGACUGUUUAUUCCUCUGUACAAAUGGAAGCAAUGACAUCUGAUGUUAUUGCACCUUCCUCUUGGAAAAUUUUUGGUUGUCAGAAUGGGUUACGGUUUUUCAAAGAAGCAAAAGAUAAUGAUGCACAUGGGAGGCAAUGGGAUGAUCAUCCUGCUAUAAUGGCAGUUGGUAUGGUUUUUGGAACUUCAGAAGACAUUUUUCGGACCAUCAUGUCUCUUGGCCCGUCAAGAUCACAAUGGGACUUCUGCUUCUUCCGUGGAAGUUUGGUUGAACACCUUGAUGGUCAUACAGAUAUCAUACAUAUGGAACUGUAUCGUGAUUGGCUCCCUUGGGGGAUGAAAAAAAGAGAUUUUCUUUUGCGUCGCUAUUGGAGAAGAGAAGAUGAUGGCACAUAUGUGGUACUCUAUCAUUCUGUGUUUCACAUGAAGUUUCCACCACAGAAAGACUACGUUCGUGCUAGCCUUAAAAGUGGAGGGUACGUUAUAACUCCAGUAAACCAAGGUAAACAUGCGCUAGUAAAACACAUGCUUGCAGUUGAUUGGAAGUUCUGGAAACUGUAUCUGCGCCCUUCAUCUGCAAGAGCUAUUACUAUCCGGAUGCUAGAGACGCUUGCAGCAAUAAGAGAGCUAUACAGAGCCAAGGUUGGUGACUCUUCCCCAGAGUUCUCAUCAUCUACUAGAGACCUUAGACUCUAUGAGUUUCCCCAGAAUGAAAUGGAUGAGAUAAAGACAGAAAUACAUUCUCCUGAAGAAAUGAGGAAAAUUAAAGAGGCAUUUUCAGAAGAGAAUGAAGUGGAAAUGCCCCGUGCUAGUUUGAUUGGGCUAAAUGAUGCUGCGGAUGAGUUCUUUGAUGUUCCUGAACCUGCAGAACUUGAUCAUUAUGAGAAUGAAUGGACAGCUGACUCGGCUUUGUUGCAACAGCACUCUUCGAAUAUGCCCCAGAACAAACUUUCAUCAGCAGCUGUUUUUGUGAAAAAGUUGCAAGAUCUUUCCGCUCAGAAGAAAGGUUAUGCGGAAUUACCUGAGUUGCCUAGAGAAGAAAGUGCGCCAUAUUCCUAUGGGUCCACCCUUCCAAAAGAUCCAAAUCAUUCUUCUCCCUGCAGCGUGGCAUCAGCAGAUCCCUCUUUGUUUCUGAUACGUGGACAAAACUAUUUGAAGGACAGCCAGAAGAUCAAGGCAAAUGGCACGUUGAUGCAACUGGCUGGUGCAGACUGGCUCAGGUCAGACAGACGAGAAGAUAAUCUGGGUGGGCGUCCGGGUAGUAUUGUUCAGAAUUAUGCCGAACGUGGUGGACCGGAAUUCUUCUUCAUUGUUAACAUACAAGUUCCUGGCUCGACCAUGUAUACCUUGGCAAUGUACUACAUGAUGAGGACUCCUCUCGAAAGCAGUCCCUUGCUCAAAAGCUUUGUCGAAGGAGACGACGCCUUCAGGAACUCGAGAUUUAAGCUCAUACCUUACAUUUCUCAGGGAUCAUGGAUAGUGAAGCAAAGUGUUGGAAAGAAAGCAUGCUUGUUGGGGCAUGCACUUGAAGUACAUUACUUUAGUGGGAAGAACUAUUUGGAGGUUGAAAUUGACGUUGGAUCUUCAACGGUGGCAAGGGGAGUGGUCAGUCUUGUUCUUGGUUAUUUGAACAACUUGGUUAUAGAAAUGGCUUUUGUAAUUCAGGGCAACACUCAAGAGGAGCUCCCCGAAAUCCUUCUGGGGACGUGUCGACUCAAUCAUUUGGAUGUAGAUAAAUCAGUCCUGGUAGAACCCUGAAAACUUCCCUCUCUACUCUGAAAGCAUGUGAAUGAGGACAAAACAGUCUUCACUGAUCUCCAGACUCGAAUCCGGAUCCUAAUCGAUCAUACCCUUUUCUUCCC